GAUGCUGGAUGUCCCGGAGUUUUAAUUAUACAAAGGAAUUUUUCCAUCUCCAUUAUCACAUGGUCGUGUUUUGUUAGUCAGAUAAACAUUUGGAUUUCAGGGGAUGCUUGUGUUUACUUUAAUAUCUCAAACUAAAGUGCAUCUAAGAGAGCAGUGAGGUAUACAGUAUAUGAACAGAACCUGCGUCUGGCGUCGGUACCACUAGUACCGAAAGUGCCUAGAAGUGCGAGAACUGUGCAAGGACAGUGUCCUCACAAAGAUUUACACGUGAGAAAUGUUUCCAGGAAAACACUAGAUGUUAUCUAAAAUAAUAAUGGCCAAUGAUUCUUCCAUUGGGAGAACAGAAAAGCAACAUUGUAGAUAUGCUUGAUGUAGCUGUCGCUCACGUUCAGAGCUGAUGCAGUCCAGCCUCACUUAGGAAAACACCGCUGGUCCAGCCCUGACUGUAUAUAUAAACGUCUCUGUCAUUCCAGGUCAGUUUAGUCUGUGUGCUACCUCGCCUCCAUCUCUUUCAUGAUGGCCAGGUCCAACUCGACCCAAAACACCUUCAAAUGGAUUCUGGCCGUCCUCACGCUGUGGUCCAUGGUGGCUCUGAUCAUCAUCGUGGUGUGGGUCACCUGGCCCCCCAAGGCUAGCAUUGAACAAUGCCAAGCAGAACAACAGGCCUUAAUUGAAAAGAAGGAAGGAGCCAAAGUGGUGAAAGAAAAAGAGCAGAGAGUCUUAAACUCGACGCUGAAGCUGAGCUUCGAGAACCAGACUGAACUCCAAGAGGAGCUGGAAAUUAUUCUGGAGAGCAAGAGAGAAAUACAUGCAUCUCUAACUGAGAGCAUGCAGCUACAAACGAUCUUAAAGCAAAAUGUAACUGCUUUGGAAAAUAAAUCAAUUCUGCUGGAGAAUACACAUCACAGACUUUCUUCCGAGCUGGCCCAACAGCAGGAUCUUAUUGAGACACUGUGGGUGAAUCUGAGCAGUGAAGCUCAUCAUUUGGAUUCAUGUGAAGCUUUGCGUGUUGCCGCGAACAGCCAGCAGAUGGCAGCAGAGAGUCGGAGGAAAGCCUGUCAAGCCACAGCAAUUCAUCUGGCCAAACAACGGCGAGUCAUUAAAACACAAACAUGUCUGACACAUGAUGCUUAUUUUACAUUCAUUUGCUUUUUUAUCCAAUUGCAGAGAGAACUGCUAGAUGAAGGAAUGAGGGACCAAGGAUUUCCAAACCCUGAACUCAAUAGGACAGAAUUGUGUUCUCUUCUCCUAAACAUCAGUUAAAUUGUUGCCUUCAAGAGAUAUUAUCCAAAAUAAAUGCUUAUAUGCAGAGAUUUUUUGGACAAGAUUGUUAUAUUCUAUCACAUUACAUUACACUAUGUUGUUAUCAUUGCAUAAUCACUUUGGUUUGGGAUCACAUCUGCUGUGCAAUCCUCUUUAUACUGAAACCGCUUCUUACUUUGUAAAGUUGAAUAAAGAUUAACUGA